UUAAUGUGGGUGAAGUGCAGUGCGCGGCGGAUGAGUGACGGAGGACAAGAAAAUAAUGGAUCGCCGUCGUCGUCGUCGUCGUUGUCUUUUUUCCUAAUCGCGCGACCGUCGCCUUCGACUGCUUUUUGAAACUUUUGUGCGCUAAGUUGUGACCAAACGAGACGAAACACAGAAAAAAACACUUCGACUUUUCCAGGGCGGAAAACCCCGUCGAUGCGAAAGGAUUCCCGAGAUCGAGAAAGAAAAAAAGUUUUCCAGGAAAAUUCCAUUUCUUGUGCGUGUGCGUGUGUGACGAAAUCCGAACAAGCCUACUAUUGUUUUGCUUGUAAACUCUUCCUCGGCCGGAGUGUGUACUACGGGGAGCUUUGCCUGCGCCCCAUUUUGGAACGUUUGAGAACCUUCAAGUGGGAGGGUGGGAUCGUGAAGGUACUCCCCCUCAGGAAAAUUGAGGAAAAAUGAAGCCAAGGGAUAGAUGUGAUUGUUUUGGGUGAAGCCUCAACCAAGUAAACGAAAGUAAAGGCCACUUAUCUCACCACUCCUUGGGAAAAAGAAAAGAGGAGGGAGAGGCAAAUCUACGGAACGAAAGUGAAUCUGGCCGCAGCACGGCCACUGGAGGGUGUCUGCACUGCAGUGUGUGUAUCUGUGUAUAUCUGUGUGAUUAUGAAAACAUUCCUGCUGCCAUCACUAUUAGCAGCAGCACCUCGGUUGGCUUUUCAAGGACGGUGGUCCCUUUGGACGGAAAAGUAGGACGGAUGUGCGUCGUCCAAGGACAUCUCGUUUGAAGCUUCGAGGCCCUUCCUAAAUGUUGGCCGUACGACGCAGAUUAAAGGUCAACGCCAGAGUCAACGUCGGCAGCGGCAAAAACUGAUACUAAAGAAUACCACACGAUGGUGCACAGUGGUGCGUACCUUUCGCACUAUCUGCUGCGACCACCACCACUAGCAUCGCUACAACUACUUCUAUCGUCGUCGUCGUCGUAUUCGCCGGUGUCGUCGUCGCACUUGCCACUAGUCACGCUGUUGUUCUCUGCUCGCCGUAACAAAAGCAGCAGCAACAAAUCCCACAGGGAAUCUGUCGCUAGACGCCGCCAUCACACGAGGUCAAUUCGACGACCGGAACAAGUAGGAAGCCGGAAACCGGAACAACUGCAACUGCUCAGUAGUAGCCAGGCUGAUCAUCCGUACAGCUGGCCACGGUUAGACUGUUAGAGGCGCACGGAUCUCGAAGCCGAACUAUACCUAUACUAAUACAUAUACUAAAUAUUAAGUAGCAAGUACGUAAAAGAGGGAAGGGAAAACGGGAGGGAAAGUUAUAGUGAGAUUGGGUAGAGAGAGAGGAGGUUCGGGACGGUUUCGACGUUGGGACAAGCAAUGUAUUCCGAAUCCUUUGCGGAACUGGACACGAUAUCGAACGUGCUCGGUUUGCGGGGCGUGGGCACGAGUACGCUGACCAAGUUUGUAGAUAUGUGGUACCACGUCUUCCUGUGGGCACUGUUCUCGUCGAUCAUUGUCCACACCGGUGCGGCGGUCGUGGCGUUCGUGACGCUGCGCAAGCACAAGUUCGGCCGGUUCUUCUCCAUCUUCAUCCUGGUGAUGGGCGUGGUGUCGCCGGUGACCGGGGGCAGCAUCAGCAGUGCCACCAUUGCCUUUGUACAUAGAGCCUCGAACCUGCCGAUGUCGCCGAUCCUGGCGAUGGUGUACGGCGUCGGCCAGACGAUCCUGUCGGCGUGUCUCGGCUUUACGCGACUGCUGGCGACGCUGUAGAGAUCGAUGGAAGUGGGGGGAAGACACCAAACAGUACACACACAUAUACACUCUCACACAAACAUCCUCACUCACACACACACAAGUCUAAGUUACUCAACUAGUGGAAUAAGUUCCGAAUAGAGUUCAAAACACACAGACAUUUCAAAACAGCAAGCAAAACAACAACAACAAUCGUUUAGUAAUUUUACGAUAGUCCAGUUUUUAUCACAAUGCGUAAAAGACGAAGAAAAAAAUAGUUCGAACGAAACGAAACUUAAAUGGUUCUAUCACAAUGCGGAGGCUUGUUUGAAUAUUUAAACAACCUUCCAGGGUUCAAAAGAUGGCAACACUGUCAAAGUGGCGUCACGCGCUGCUUGUUAGGCCGCUACUGUAUUUGGGUUAUUUCCAAACAGCUAGAAUUUCGCUUCUGAUUUUCUUCAAAACAUUCGAUUUAGAAUAUUUCCUAAUUUUGUAGGUGUUUCAACUUGCUGUUCACCAUAUUUUAGUAAAUUCCCAUCGCAAAUCGUGUUUUCAGAGCCCCAAAACUUCAAACACGAACAAAAGAUGCGAACCGAAGAUUAGCAGUGACGUUUUGGAAUUUUGACAGUCUGAAGCGCAUGAAUUACCCCAUUAUCGGUUUCCCACAAGGGUGAAGUGGAAAAUGUUGCACAUGGUUUUAGUUGGCGAAAGUUCAAUAAGUUUUGAUGUUUGCUGAUUUUUAUACUUUUUGCGAAAUUUCAGAGACAAAAUUGAUUGAAAAUUAAAGAUUAAGAUGAGAAAUACAGUUUUUUCUGAACAAUCUUGCUCAAACACGCGGUAAUGUUGAAAAAAUAUUGAAAUUUUUUAUUAUUGUUUGAAGUUAUUUUGCAAUACUUUUCUUGUUAGUAAACAAACGACGCCAUAUUGCCAAUGUUGUUUUGUUUAUCACAGUUAAGUACGCCAUUUUGUGAAGUUCACACUCAGAAUUCAACGAAAAUUGAGUGAAGUUCACCCAGAUAUGAAUGAAAAUUCACCCAAAUCUGACAGAUGCCCCAAUUACUCACUUCUGAGUUGAUUCGGUUUUGACGAAAACUGAAGGUUUGAACGUGCAUGCAGCUUCAAAACCAAGGUUGCCAGAUUCUCCUGGAUCUGUCAGUGUGUGUUAUUACAAAGGAAUUAUUUUUUAAAGAUUUGGUUGCGACAGUUUUGAACACCUUUUUAAGAAAAUUUGUCUUGCGUAUUUUAAGAUUGGAUUGGCCAACGAGUUCAAUCAAUCAAGCUUCCCCAAUGUGAUAGUGUACCAUGCAGCCAUAAACAGAGACACACACAUACAAACACACACACGAACAACAGCGAAUAAUUCGACAAACGCAUCUGUACCAGAACAAAAUUAACAAUUUCGAUUUCGAAUAACCGCGAGCAAACGCCACUGCAAGUGAGGAAUCAUUCUGUGCAAAAAACAACUGUAAAGACUAAGCGAUAAGCUACGAAACGAGAAAGAAAGAGGUCAGGCGAUAAUGUAUAGUCAAGGAGGGGAAGGCAGGAAGAGAAGAAGAGGAAAACAAAAAAUCAACAAACAAGAAUAGUGAUAUAUACCUUAAAGUAAACAAGUAAUUGAAAACCCUAAUUAGUAGCAAAAAUUUAAUGGGAAAACACAACAGAAAAAAACUAGUUAAAACAAGGAAACAUAACGCCACUAAAACAAGCAAAAACCUUAAAUGUGCUAUCAUCACCCCCCAACAUAAACACAAACACACGCAUUCUAUAUAUCAUCAUCGUUAUCAUAAAGAAAAAAGUCAGCAAAUAGACAAGUAAUUGGAGUAAUAAAAACUGUGCUUUCGAUAUUUGCCUCAUUUGUUUUCCCGCCCCAUCACCGGAGGAAAGCCCUUCUCACCGAACCGGCAUCACUCACAAAUUGGGCGCAUAAAGUGUCGUUUUUGGAGAAAAUUGUCCAAUUUAGUAAUUUUGGCUCACUUAAAUGUUUGAGCUACCCCUCCAAUUUGGCAUUCAUCGGAGUGAAAUAACAACAAAAGAUCUGGCAACAUUGUUUUUCAAGUGCCAUCUGUCAAAUCGGUACACGGUGAUGAAAGUUUAUCCAGAUUUUGACUGAAGUGUAAACUCGUUGUCAAAUUGUCAAAAUUUAUGAAAAUUGGCAAACUUUUCAAACUAGCGACAUUUUACGCUCCCGCCAUCUUCCCACAUGCAUAUAACAUAUUGUCCAGCAUAUCGAAACAAAAAAGGCGCGGCAGCAUAUAUAAUAAGACAACUCAAAAACAGUAAACGAGCGCGAAAACGAAACAAAACAAAAAUAUACACUAACGGAAGGAAUUAUUUAUUUGCCAUUUUUUCAUUAAACGCUUUUUUCCGUCACCCUGCCUGCGGUCCUAUCUCUGUAACUUUGUUCCCCUAUCACACACAAACACACCUACACAUACGCACACCAACUAUGAAAUGCUGGGCCUCCCUUUUCAAAAAAUAAAAAAGUUUUCACAAAUUUCACAUAGUGGCUGUUUUUUUGGGAAAUUUUGUUCUUUCCAAAAUUUAUUGUAGAAACCAGUAGACUUAAUAUAGAGACAAAAUUUAUUUAGUUGUGUAUAUUUCUUGAAGAAAUCGACCCAACCUUCCUUGUUUUAGGUUUCCCCCACCAACCCCAAAUCCAACAACAGUAAUAGUAGUAGUAAUUGUGGAAAUCAGCCAGAUUCGUAUAUAUGUAUAUUUUGUUUUUGAGUUUUUAAGAAAAAUAGGGCCAGAAAGAGAGCAAUCUAAGUGGAGUAAAAGAGAGAAUGGAAAGUGAAAGGGCAAAAAAAGAAAGAGAGCGAGUUGUGCAUCUUAGUUACUAGGUGGCAAACAAGUGGGAAUCAAUAAAUUGUAAUUUAUAUUGUAAUUGGGGAACGACGACUGUAAUUGUAUGGGAAAGAAAGAAAAGCAGAGAGAAAGAGAGAAGAGUGUCACAGGAGAACAAAGGAUAUGGGAGACGAGACAAAGCAGAAGAGGCGGCGACGCGAUAAGGUUAUUGUGUUUAAGCUGAAAGUCAAAUUCUCUCUAAAUAAAAGUAAUAAUCAAGCUAAAACAAAUGAAGGAAAAAAAACAAACAAAAAAUAACAACAAAGGUAAAACAAAGAAAUGCUCCUGCCGGGGACACACACACUUGGAACUGGAGUAGGUUUUAAUCAUAAUAAUAAAUAAAUUAAAGUCAAUGAACCGAUAGUGAAA